AUGUCCGCAUCUGCAAGAAUCCCCCCCAUCGCUCAGCCGUUCGUCAGCGACCGGGCCAAGCGAACACUCGACCUGGUCGAAGAAUUCGUCGAAAAAGAAUGUGUCCCCGCCGAAGGCCUCUUCCAGGCCCAACUAGGCGAAGGCGAGAAACGAUGGAAGACCACCCCCGCCGUGAUUGAGGAGCUGAAAGUCAAGGCCCAGCGUCUGGGUCUGUGGAAUAUGUUCCUGCCCAAGAACCACUUCAAGCAGGGUGCUGGAUUCAGUAAUCUGGAAUAUGGGUUGAUGGCGGAGUAUUUGGGCAAGAGUAAGCUUGCUUCUGAGGCUACGAAUAACGCCGCCCCCGAUACGGGUAACAUGGAGGUUUUGGCCAAGUAUGGCAAUGAAGCGCAGAAGCAGCAAUGGCUUGUGCCGUUGUUGGAGGGAAAGAUCCGUUCGGCUUUCCUUAUGACGGAGCCCGAUGUGGCGUCGAGUGAUGCUACGAAUAUUCAGUUGAAUAUCCGUCGGGAAGGAGAUGAAUAUAUCCUUAAUGGCUCUAAAUGGUGGUCUUCUGGUGCUGGUGACCCCCGCUGUCAGAUCUAUCUCGUCAUGGGCAAGUCGGAUCCCUCCAACCGUGAUACCUACAAGCAACAAUCCGUCAUUCUCGUUCCCGCCAACACCCCCGGCGUCACUGUCCACCGCAUGCUGUCAGUGUACGGAUACGAUGACGCCCCCCACGGCCACGGCCACAUCACCUUCACUAACGUCCACGUCCCCGUCUCCGCCAUGGUCCUAGGCGAAGGCCGCGGUUUCGAAAUCAUCCAGGGUCGUCUGGGUCCCGGCCGAAUCCACCACGCCAUGCGCACCAUCGGUGCCGCCGAGAAGGCAAUCGAGUGGCUCAUCGCCCGUGUCAACGACGAGCGGAAGCAGACCUUCGGCCGCAGUCUGUCCUCGCACGGUGUCAUCCUCGAAUGGAUCGCCAAAUCGCGCAUCGAAAUCGACGCGGCCCGUCUCAUCGUCCUGAACGCCGCUAUCAAGAUCGACCAGGGCGACGCCAAGUCCGCUCUGAAGGAAAUCGCCCAGGCCAAGGUCCUUGUGCCCCAGACUGCUCUUACCAUCAUCGACCGCGCUGUCCAGGCUUAUGGUGCCGCCGGUGUCUGCCAGGAUACGCCCCUGGCUAACCUGUGGGCUAUGAUCCGAACUCUCCGUAUCGCUGAUGGUCCUGAUGAGGUCCACCUCCAGCAACUCGGACGGAGAGAGAACAAGGCCCGCAAGGACCCUGUUACCGCAAAGUUGAACUGGCAGCGUGAUCAGACUGACCGCUUGCUUACGGCUAGUGGGUUCAAGGCUAAGAGCCAUUUGUGA